AUGAGAGAAAGGAAGGCAACAGAUCCACUCGAUUCAUCCACAGAUCUGACUGAAGGGAAGGAGAAAUUAAGACUGAAACAAGAGGUCGGCCUGAUUAGCGGCGUGUCAUUAAUUGCAGGUACCAUGAUAGGCUCAGGGAUCUUUAUGUCCCCUGAGUGGGUACUGCACCACAUGGGGAACCCUGCCAGCAGCCUGCUGAUCUGGGCAGCAUGCGGUCUCCUGGCCAUGUUUGGAGCCUUGUCGUACGCUGAGCUUGGAACAAUAAUUAAAGAGUCUGGAGGAGAAUAUAUUUACAUUUUGAGGAUUUUUGGUUCCUUUCCUGCUUUCCUUUUCGCCUACACUUCUGUCAUCCUGGUGAGACCAGCUGGUUUGGCAGCUGUCUGUCUGAGCUUUGCUGAGUAUGCCAUUGCGCCGUUCUACCCAGGGUGCUCAUCUCCGCAGGCUGCCGUCAAAUGUACAGCUGCUGCCUGCAUCCUGAUUUUAACUAUCAUCAACUGCCUCAACGUGAGGCUGGCAACAUCUGUUAUGAACGUUUUUACAGCUGCCAAACUCUUGGCUUUGUUGGUAAUCGUGGUGGGUGGGUUGGUGCUGCUUGCCAAGGGACAAACUCAGAGUUUUCAGAAUGGUUUUCAAGGCACCACUGCAGGUAUUGGGGCAGUUGGAGUGGCAUUUUACCAGGGGCUCUGGUCCUAUGAUGGAUGGAACAACCUAAAUUAUGUAACUGAGGAACUGAAGAAGCCUGAGGUGACCCUUCCCAGAGCUCUGAUGAUUGCCAUUCCUUUGGUUACAUGCCUGUAUUUGCUGGUAAACGUGAGCUACCUGGCAGCCAUGACUCCCACUGAGCUGCUGUCUUCAGGAGCUGUGGCCGUCACCUGGGGGGACAAAGUCCUGGGCAGCUGGGCAUGGCUCAUCUCCCUGUCGGUGGCCCUGUCUACAUUUGGUUCCUCAAAUGGGACGUUCUUCAGCGGAGGCCGUGUGUGCUACAUUGCUGCCAGGGAGGGCCACAUGCCAGACAUUCUGUCCAUGGCUCAUGUGCGACGCCUCACACCCUCCCCUGCUCUACUGUUCACAUCUGCCAUGUCUUUAGUAAUGAUAAUAUCAGGGAGCUUCACCAGCAUUGUCAACUUCUUCAGUUUUAUGGCAUGGCUUUUCUAUGGAAUGACUAUUUCUGGGCUCCUGUAUUUAAAAAUCAAGAAACCAGAACUGCCAAGAUCUUACAAGGUCCCAAUUAUCAUCCCCAUAAUUGUGCUGAUGGCAGCUGUGUACCUGGUGUUAGCUCCUAUCAUUGAUCAACCCCAAAUAGAGAUCCUCUACAUCGUCCUGUUCAUUUUCAGUGGCAUCAUUUUUUAUUUCCCACUGGUUCACUUCAAGUACCACCCUCGCUUCCUACAGAGAGUCACUUUGCACCUCCAGUUGUUGCUGGAAGUUGCUCCAACUACCAGGGAUGCAGACUGA